CAUUUGACUGCGCUCAUCGUCGCAACGCAACGACGUUCUUGAGAGCAUGCAACCACAUUUCUUGGCCAUGACUUUGCCGUUAUUCUAGAACAAAACUUUCCGCACAUCCGCCGCCGCUAUCCCCCAGACAUCCUCCUCCUUCCGUCCAUAUCCCAUGCGGCUUUGCGCUACGACGUCACGGGCUACCAACAACGUCCAACAUGCCCCCUUGGCCUUGGGCACAUCGUCAGGAUAAUGGCGACUCACCUCUUCUACCUCUCUCCAUACCCAGCAUAAACGGGAUAGAUCACGAUGAGGAGCGGGAUCAUGACGGCAAUGGACCGGGAAGAUCUAGGUCCAGGACCUCGAGACCCAGACACGUGCGAACGACGUCUGCGCAAUCGAGAGGCGUCGCUGACCAGUACUCGCUUAUGACACCAGCCGAAACCGCGUCGCGCUUGCAAACAUCUCUCACACAUGGUCUGACCGCUGGAGAAGCUUUGUCGAGGAUACGGGACUUUGGCCCAAACGAAAUACCGCAAGAGCCCCCAGAGCCGCUGUGGCUUCGGUUCAUCAAGCAGUUCCAGGAGCCUUUAAUUAUCUUGCUGCUGGUUUCAGCAUUCGCUUCUGUAAUAGUUGGAAACUUGGACGACGCAGUCAGCAUAACCGUUGCUGUUACCAUCGUUGUUGCCGUUGGCUUCGUCCAAGAAUACCGUUCCGAAAAGUCCAUCGAGGCCCUCAACCAUCUUGUUCCUAAUCAUGCUCAUUUGGUUAGAGCGCAAAACACCAAGCCAGCUCAGAGCGCCAAGAGUGCCUCCUGGCCUCCUGUCGCCGACGAUGAAGCAAAAGGGGAUUCCCUGAGUGGCGCCGAGACGCCUGGCGAGGAAAUGAUGGAGGCCGUCUCGUCCAAGGUCAUGGCCGCACAACUCGUGCCGGGAGAUCUAGUACUCUUCACCACGGGGGAUCGAAUUCCAGCAGAUAUUCGAGUGACUAAGGCUUCAGACUUGACUAUCGACGAAUCAAACCUCACCGGCGAGAAUGAGCCCGUCCAGAUGACUGCGCAAUCCAAAUCCAGGAAUUUCAUCUCCGCCGUUCGCCUGCCGAGCCCAUCAACGCUUUCUCCGGCGUCGUAUAAUGACGCUUCGAAGGACGACACGUCGCGUUCCGGAGGCAACAACAUUGCAUACAUGGGAACCCUCGUCAAGUCUGGGUACGGACAGGGUAUAGUCUAUGCGACCGGUGGCGACACACAGUUUGGGACCAUCGCCGCCAGUGUUUCUGGUACCGAGAGCCCACGGUCUCCCCUGCAGCUAUCUAUGGAUGAGUUAGGCUCCCAGUUGAGCAAGAUUUCAUUCGGAAUAAUUGGUAUGAUAUCUGUGGUUGGAUGGUUGCAAGGCAAGAAGCUUCUCGAGAUCUUCACAAUUUCGAUAUCACUAGCUGUGGCUGCCAUUCCCGAAGGUCUGCCUAUUAUCGUCACCGUCACCUUGGCCCUUGGUGUCCACAGGAUGGCCAAGCACCAUGCCAUUGUGAGGAAAAUGCCCAGUGUGGAGACCUUGGGUUCAGUCAAUGUGGUUUGUUCCGACAAAACUGGAACUUUGACCAUGAAUCAUAUGACAGUUGCGAAUACCUGGUAUUUCGGCGCAAAAGAACCGAUCGACGUAGAAGCUGAUGAUGUCGUCGACCGUACGCCUAAUGUGGCUACUCUCAGGAUCCUUCGUAUCGGCAACAUUGCCAACAACGCUCGCUUGUCUCACCAUGAUGCUGAAGGGGCUUCGACUGUCUUGUCUGAUAGCCAGAACAAAGAUUUCUCAAAGCAUUCUCGCUGGGUUGGGCAGCCGACUGACGUGGCCAUGCUCGAUCUUCUAGAUCGAUUUACGGAACACGACGUUAGGGACUCAAUUGGACCUCGUACAGCAGAGACACCAUUUAGUUCCGCGAGAAAAUGGAUGGGCAUCGUGAUUGGUGCAGAUCCAAGGAACAGUGACAAGGAGUACGCGUACAUGAAGGGCGCCAUUGAUAAGGUUCUUGACGCCUGUGACACCUACCUCACAGAGGAUGGAAAGGAAAUCGUGCUGGAUUCUGCUCGCCGCCAGGACGCUCUCAAUGCCGCAGAGAAGAUGGCCGAAAAGGGGUUGAGGGUUCUUGCAUUCGCAGGCGGCCCUGUCACCAGAUUUAAUAGAAACAAAGCUGGUCUGGCUCCUAACUCGCGGAGCAACACUCCUGCUGCUCGUGAUGGCAGCGAAAGCCCUGGCUUGACCAAUGAUGAGAGCUUGUUCAAGGGCUUGACUUUCGCUGGUCUUGUUGGAAUGAGCGAUCCUCCUAGACCAGGUGUUGCACGUUCAAUUAGAAAGCUCAUGCGUGGCGGCGUCAAGGUCAUCAUGAUCACCGGCGACGCUGAUACAACAGCUGUCGCAAUCGGCAAGCAGCUUGGUAUGCAAAUUGCUACACCACGAGAGCACUCCGCGAAUCAAGUAGCGGUCAGACCUGUUCUGCGAGGAGAUGAGGUCGAUGCGAUGACAGAAGACGAGUUGGCAGCUGCUAUGCAGACCACUACAAUUUUUGCACGUACCAAUCCUGAUCAUAAGCUUAAGAUCAUUCGUGCGCUUCAGUCUCGAGGUGACAUUGUUGCCAUGACUGGUGAUGGCGUCAACGAUGCGCCAGCAUUAAAAAGGGCAGACAUCGGCAUUUCCAUGGGGCUUCACGGUACUGAUGUGGCCAAGGAAGCUUCCGACAUGAUACUUACAGAUGAUGACUUCUCCACCAUCCUCCACGCAAUCGAGCAGGGCAAAGGCAUAUUCAGCAAUAUUCAGAAUUUUAUUACAUUCCAGCUGAGCACUAGCGUGGCAGGUCUCACGUUAGUGUUCAUCUGUACCUGCAUGGGGCUCAAGUCGCCCUUGAACGCCAUGCAGAUCCUCUGGAUUAAUAUCAUCAUGGACGGCCCACCUGCUCAGUCACUUGGCGUCGAGGCUGUCGAUAAAGACGUCAUGUCCCGCCCCCCUCGUGCACGUAGUGAGCCGGUUCUGACCCGCAACCUAAUAACUCGCGUUUUGACACAAGCAUUUAUCGUUAUGGCUGGUACAAUGUUCGUUUAUAAGCGGGAGAUGUUAGAUGGCGAGGUGACGCGACGCGACACCACGAUGACGUUCACGUGCUUUGUGCUCUUUGAUAUGUUCAAUGCUUUAGCAUGUCGAUCAGAGAGCAAGUCUAUCCUGCGUGGCGAAGUGGGUCUAUUCUCGAACACUUUAUUCAACUGGGCCGUAUCGCUCAGUUUGGCGGGGCAGCUGUUGGUUAUCUACUUUCCCUGGCUGCAAGAAGUAUUCCAGACUGAAGCGCUGAGCUUCAAGGAUUUGUUUGGAUUGAUCUUCAUGUGCAGCUCGGUCUUCUGGGCGGAUGAGGCUAGGAAGUGGUAUAGAUACGGCCGGAGAAAGCUGGGUGGAUACAGUCAGGCUGUAUAAGAACAGCAGAAUCAUAGAAGCAAGAGGCAUAAUACAUCGAGCCCUUAUGUGGUGGUUAAUAUGCUUCACUACAUCGCCUGUACAAAGUAGUGUUCAUGCCGAAGAGCUGCAUAGCGUAGCAAUCUUGAAAGCAAUUGACUAAAUGAACAUAAAUGCGCGUUUGCUGCCU